AUGCACAAUUUGAGCGACUUACAUUGGAAUUAUGUAGAAACUCCAUUACUAUUAACUAUUUGGAUUAUUAGUAUUGCUAUGGCUAAACUUGGUAAGCCUUUGGAACUGUUUUGAAAAUUAAAUUGGUUAUUUAAAGCAUUUCAUAAUUCUCAACGACUUCGGAAAUUAUUUCCGGAAUCUGCUGUUCUGAUUGUUCUUGGAUUGAUUGCCGGUUAUUUUAUUUAUGAAGUUUGGCAUAUUGAUUUAUUUUUACAUCCAGGCGAGUUUAACUUUGAUUUUUUGUUUCAAAAAUUCAUUUCAAAAAAUUAAUGAAAAUAAAUUGUUUAAAAAAAGAACAACACAGACAUUUUAUUUGUAAAAAUAAUAUGUGUUCUCUAGAGAAGCGGUCAGAAAAGUCAAACUAGACCAUAUUCUGGGAUUUUGAUAUACAACUUUAAAUUUUUCUUUUUUUUUCAAUUUUAUCACAAGUCUAAUUUAUUGGAACAAUUUUAAUUCAUUUUUGAAUAAGCUUAUUAAAAUAACAAAAUAAAAAUGUGAAAAUUGAAACAAUAUGUUCCAAUUUCAAAAAUUCUAAAAAUGUAGAUUAUUCUCAUUUUUUCCAGAUUUAUUUUUUCUAUAUCUCUUACCUCCAAUUGUUCUUGAUGCUGGAUAUUCUAUGCCAAACGCUGCAUUUUUCUCAAAUAUUGGGACCAUUUUAAUAUACGCAGUGAUUGGAACCGUUUGCAAUAUUGUUCUAAUAGGUUAGUUUUUAUCUCUUGAUCUACUCAAACUUUCCCUAUGUUCCAGGUGCAUGUAUUUUUGCAAUGUCCCCAUUUUACACUUUUGAAUUGAACUAUGUCGAUGUACUUCUUUUUUCAACGUUAAUUUCCGCUGUCGAUCCAGUCGCCGUACUCUCAGGUAUCCUCUUUGUUUGAAUUUUUUGGAUUUUAUGCAAGUGUAUAAUUUUCGAAACUCAUAAUUUUCUCACAUCAGUCUCAAUUAUAUAUUCUAUUCUGAACAGAAUGGAAAAAUGACGAAUUACUAUAAAAUAUGAAAAAAGUGCAGAAUUAUUGGUUAUUAAUGAAUUAUAUUAAGAAAAUGAAUCAUACAAUCAGAAAGAUAGAGAAAAAUUACAGUGUUCGACGAAAUUCAUGUGAACAAAUUGUUGUAUAUUUGUGUGUUUGGUGAAUCAUUAUUGAAUGACGCAGUUACUGUGGUAGAUUUUUUAAACUUAAAUUUUGAUGAUGGAAAGAAUGCGUGAGAAAGAUUAGUUUUUUUUCAGGUGCUAUAUCACGCGUUCCAUUCGAUGGUUAAAAUUGGACAAGCUCAAAUCAUAUAUCAAGAUUUUACGGAAACUAUGAUGAACUUUCUAUUAGUUGCUGGUGGUGGAAUUCUUAUUGGAUUUGUAUUUACUGGAAUCACAGCGUUUGCAAACAAGUUAGUAAGGGAACUCCUGGUAAAAAACAUUCAAGAAAAAAGGGACCUACUAUAUCUUUAAUACGUAACAUUACACCCGAAAUAAAAUAAUAAUAACCAAGAGGUUUUUUCAAGUUUCUAACAUGAACUUUAUUUUUUUCAGAUACAGUUCAGAUUCUCCAAUAGUGCAGCCAUUAAUCUGCCUCGCAUUUCCAUAUUUAUCAUAUCUGGUUUCAGAAUUUGUUCACGUAUCUGGAAUUUUAGCGUAAGUGCUUCACAUUGUCUAUCUUAUUAAAACACAAAUAUUUUUUUAGAAUUGUGACAUGUGGACUUUUAAUGAAGCCAUAUGUUAUGGGAAGUAUGACCGAUCAAGCUGAUAUUACGGUCAAAUAUUUUCAGAAAACCUUAUCUUCAAUGUUAGUUUUUUUUUCUCAAUUUAGUCUUGAAGUAAUAAUGGGACAUUUUUCAGCUGUGAAGCAAUUAUUUUCGUCUUUUUGGGAUUCUCAAUUUUCUCAAAAAACCAUCGAUUUGAUUUCAUUUUCAGUAUAACUACGGUAAUUGCAUGUAUACUUUGUAGAUUUAUUGGUAAGAUAAACAAAACCAAUUUGUUCUUCGUUCCUAUUUUUUUUUCUUUCCAGUCGUUUUCUUCCUAACUCAUUAUGCAAACAAGAAAAGGGCGAAAAAAAUUGCUGUACGAGAUCAAAUAAUUAUGGCUUUUGGAGGUCUUCGUGGCGCAAUUUGUUUUGGAUUGGUCUUGAUUCUAGGUACAAAAAAAAACGAGAAGAAAGAAAAUUGUAUAUUUUUUUGAAACAGAUCCCUCAUACAUUCAAUCAAAACCAAUUCUGAUAUCAACAACUUUGAUUGUUAUUUCAGUAACAGUUUUUAUCCAAGGAACACUUAUCAAACCUCUUGUCCGAUUUUUAGAUAUAAAAACUGGAGAACAUGUCGAAAAAUCAAUUGUUCAACAAAUUGUGAUAAAUGUGAGUGACAGUAAUAUGUUUUAUUGCCUUCAAUCAAUUUUCUUCAGAGUUGCGAUGAUAUAAUGUGCGGUGUUGAAGCCCUAUUAGGAAAACGCGGUGAAUAUUAUGUGAGUUUCAAAAUGUAAUUUAUAAAAGUGCAUCUGGACUUUUCUAAUCUUCUUUGUAUUAGAUAAGAUUCAGCUUAACAUUCUGAUCAGAAAUACUUGGAAUCAGGAUUAAUGGGAAUAUUGAGAUCGCAUGAAUCAUAAUUUUUUUUGUUCAUAUAUAUAUAUUUAAAAUCCGCGGGAAACUCCAAUCAACUGAUCAAAUAUCCAUACUUUUUUCAGUGGAGAGGGCAAAUAAAUGACAUUGAUCGCAAAUAUGUCCAACCUUCUUUAACUAAAAAACAGACAACACGUGGAACUAAAUUAAUGGAGAAGUUAUCAAAAAUGGCAACUGAAGAACAACGCCAACAACUUCUACAUGAAUUUUAA